AAGUUUCCAUGUUUCGAUGCAUUACCCUGAAGCUUUCCCAUAUAUCUGCCGAGAAUUGCCUCGAAAUUUUUAUCAGGCUAAUUUAAGAUUCAAAUGGGAAGUGACGAGUGGGUGGUUGGUGUGAGGAUGACGUUGAGGAUAUCGUGUGAGGAAGAGAUGAGAGAGUUUGCUCAACAAUCGUGGACCCAGAUGAAGAGGACAGCAGAAAACAGAACAAAGAGGAGAUGUGUUGUUGAAGACCUAUGUUCUACUCGGAACAGCUGCCUAUGAUUCGGUGCUAAAACAGGAUGUAGCAAUAAAAAAAUUGGCUCGCCCCUUUCAAAAUGUCACACACGCCAAACGUGCCUAUCGUGAAUUUGUCCUGAUGAAACUGGUGAAUCAUAAAAAUAUCAUAUCAUUACUAAACGCAUUUACUCCUCAACAAACACUACAAGAUUUCCAAGAUGUAUAUUUAGUCAUGGAAUUUAUGGAUGCGAAUUUAUGCCAGGUGAUUAAUCUAGAUCUAGAUCAUGAACGAACUUCCUAUCUAUUGUAUCAAGUCCUUUGCGGUGUAAAACAUUUACACGCAGCUGGUAUCAUUCAUCGAGAUUUAAAACCCAGCAAUAUUGUGGUGAAGCACGACUGCAGUUUAAAAAUACUGGAUUUUGGAUUAGCUCGUACAGCUGGAGACAGUUUUUUAAUGACUCCAUAUGUGGUGACUCGUUAUUAUCGAGCACCAGAAGUUAUAUUGGGAAUGGGUUAUUCCGAAAAUGUAGACAUAUGGUCAGUUGGUUGUAUAUUUGCCGAGAUGGUUCUUGAACGUAUUCUUUUUCCCGGUUAUGAUCAUAUUGAUCAAUGGACAAAAAUAACAGAAGAACUUGGUACACCAGGACCAGAAUUUAUGAGUCGUUUAGAAUAUGCUGUACGUAAUUAUGUUAUGUCAAGACCAAGAAAUGAACCUCGACCAUUCACUGAACUCUUUCCAGAUGAUCGUUUCCCACCGUCGAGCACUGAGCACGAAACACUGAACGCUGAUCAAGCUCGUGAUUUAUUGAGUAGAAUGUUAGUGAUAGAUCCAUUACAGAGAAUAUCUGUCGAUGAAGCUCUACACCAUCCAUAUAUCCACGUGUGGUAUGAAGACUCUGAAGUCAAUGCACCACCGCCAGCUCGAUAUGAUGAUUCCUUUGGUGAAAGAAAUUUAUCCGUUGAAGAAUGGAAAGCUCGUAUUUUUCAUGAAGUCAAAGAAUUCGAAGUACACGAAGCUCAUUUACGUAAUGCUCAAAAUUAAUCUUAUAUAUAUAUAUAUAUAUAUAUAUAUAUAUAUAUAUGAGUGCAUGAGUGUAUGUGCGCGUUGGUAUACUGUACACACAGCAUAACACCCAGAAAUUAUGCCUAACUAGCGAUUAUUAAAUUAUUCAAACACUGAAUAACAGCACGCCCACGACAUCCUUUAGAGAAGGAGAGAGUGCGGAUGAGUGGGUGGGUGGAGAGAUGAAGAGUCGACAGAGAAGAUCUAAUUUUUCCUUUUACGAUUGAUAAGAGAUUUUGAUGAUGAUGAUGAUAAUUAUAAUAAUAGUAAAUUCUUUAGUUUACAUCAUUCCUUAUAAAUAUUUACUUAUUUUGCUGUGUAUACUUGACAGUUUUCUUUUCAACUAUUUAAAGCGUUGACUUCUUGCUUUAUAGUUAUUUCUCUGCGUAAUUUUUUUUCAUUAGGCAUCCUUCUUGUAAUUAACAUUUUUAUCACUACUAUUAUUAGUAGUAUACACAUAUGGACCGACAUACGUACACACACUGUUUCACUAUAUGUUUAUUUUCUACUUUGUGUUGCAUAUCUUAUUGCUUGCAUAUGAAUGCAUACAUGGUUCUGACUGCGCUUUUCACACACACACACUUAAACAUGAAAACAGUGCUCAUUUGAAGUGUGUGCUUUAAAAACAAAACUAUCUCUCACUUGCUGCUAAGUCUUAUCUUUUUACAUUUUAAGAGUAGUUAUCCCGCUAGAUUGUUUACAACUGCCUAUGACUCCUACUACUGUCCACUUUCUUUGUACUAGUUAGUAGUUGUUGCUGUCAUCGUCCGACCCCCCAUACACAUACACACCUCGCGCUCUGUUUGCCUACUUUUCAAAGAAAACCCAUCGUAUUUAAUGCUUAAAAAGUGCUUGUUUGUUUACCUGUGUGUGCGUGCCUCAGACACCCUCUCUAUCUCCUCAAAGAUUUCCGUGUAUCAUUAAAUUCAAUAAUAUUAUUAUUUUGUUUUCUCUUUUUUGUAUUUUCAAUAUUUAUAUUUACAAGUUAAAAAAAAUGCGCACUAUUUUUGUUUCUUCAAAUUACUCAAACACAACAACAACAAAAAACAGCAUACCUUUUCUUUUAUGUAACAUUAUUAAUAUUAGUAUUAUCAUUGUGAUAUAGAAUUUACAACUUUUAAGUUAAUGUGUACAUGUCUGUUGUUUGCUCUCUGUCAAACAAUAACUACAUGCUCAUUUAUUAUUAUUGUUAUUAUUAUUAUUUCUCUCUCUCUCCCUCUCACUAAAUGCACCUACCUUAUCCCGGUAUAUUUAAUUUUUAUAGUGGUAGGUAAUUGUGUGUGUGUGUGUGUGUAUAACACGCGUGCAUAUUUUUGUUUGCCCUUUUGAUUGGUGGUAAUUCCCUCCUUAAUCCCUACUCGAAUGAGAGAGAGGGAGAGAGAGAAUUGUCAUCACACCACAAAUGCCUGAAAACUUAAAUUUUUCAAAAAGAAGAAGAUGAAAAAAGAAAACACUCCCAAUUCAAACUUAUUUUCGUAACGCUUUCAUAUUUGGCGCCGAUUCAAUGUGUUCAAUACAACAACAAUAAUUAAUAAUGAUGACGAGUAGAUUUGCUUCCGAUUUGUUUGUUUGUUUUUUUAUUUUCCUCAUUUGUUUGUUUUUAUGCUCGGAUGCAUUGAGGUUGAUGUUCAUUAUGACGAUGAUUAUUAGCCCUAUUCAACUGCUUACAGUCUGUUUUUUUUAAAAAAAAACUUGUAUAGAGUUACUGGACAUGUAAUAGACAUCGGAUUGUAAUAAAACAGACAACACGCACUUACUUACUUAAUAUAUAAUUAUUUAUCUCCCCGCUGUUCCAUUUUCUCUCUCUUAUUUAAAAACAAGAACUCCUCUGCUAGGAAAUAUAUUUUUAUCUGUCUAACAACUUAUUUUGAUGGCAUUCAUCAUAUCCUAUCCCCGUAUUCUUUUACAUUUUUAAUCCUCUACUUGACGAUAUUGCUGUAAUGCUUCUUAUGACCUCUCUAUGUGUGUUUUAUAUAUUUAAACAAAACAACUAAAUAAUGAAUAUGUUAUACUGAUAGCAAUUUCAUAUCCUUCUUUGUUUUG